GUAACUACGAGAGGACACAUAUGAAUUGGAUUUAUAGUUGAAGGAAGUUUCCAAGAAGCUCAACCACUCUACAAUUAAUAAUUGGUAGUUAAUUAGUUUGUCGCAGCCAAAUCCCUCGUCCAUUUGAAGUUUUCUUACUCCGUCGCUUUCCCUUUAGCCGAUUUCAACGUUUGAGUUUCUUGGGCAUUCAUCAAGAUUGUUUUAAAGGAUGUGAUGUUAGAUUUGAAGUAUCAAGUUUAUGAGAUGGGAAAUUUGAGUCUCUAAGUUUGGGUCUCUGGAUCAAGUUGUUGAAUACCUGUCAUUUUGUGUAUUAGUUGGAAGACUAUUUAGGGGUUGCUGCUGAAAGUUAUGGAACUAGCUCAGCACAUAGUUAUGGAGAAUGGGGUGGGUGAGGAGAUGGAUGGUGAAACUUCGGCACGGGCUCCACUGAAGGAGCACCGAGUCUACCCUACCCAUCCUGCAGGCUUGGUGAGGAAGAGAGCUUAUAUAUUUGAUGGCAUGGGAAGUUUUUACCAUAAGGAUUGGGAUCUAGCAGACCUUUUUGUAAAAGAAGGGAAGGAAUCGGGUGUAGGAGAAGGUCGAAGCAACGAGUUUUCUUGGUACCAUGUGGAACUACCGAAAGGAAAUCAAAAGUUGUCACAAUCUGCACAGGACCUGAUUGCUGUUUUCUGCCCGCCUUUGAAGCUCCAAGACAUUCUUUCACUUGUUAGCAAUGGACCCUUUUGUGCACAUGUAGAUGGGGCACUUGUCUUCCGGGUUAAUUCGCCUGGUCCUCCCUCUAGUGACUUUACAUUUAGGAUUGCUGCUAGAGUUACAGAACAUUCAGUAAUUACGGUGUCCUUGGGACGUGUUCCCAGGUUAGGCUUCUCACGCAUGGGUGAGUCUCUGCUUUCGGAGAUUCCUAGUGUUGAAAGCUCCUCUUCUCAUAGAGGUCAGCAGCAGGAAAGAAGUGGGAUAGUGAUCAAGGAGCAUGUUCUUGAAUUCUUAUUGACUAUGAAUCACUCUGAGGAAGCUGACAACCCUGUGCCCAGAUCUCUCUCAAAUCUUGUGGUUCACAUAAUUGACACACAUGUAGAUCAGCUUCAAGACCUUGUGACUAAGCUUGAGAUGGAAUUGGAAUCUGUGGAGCUUGACUUGGAUAAAGGUGGUUAUGCUCUGAAGAAACAAAUGCUUGAUGACAGAAGAUUCCCCAAACUGCAUAUUAAUUUGCAGCGUCUCUUGCAGGUGAUUGCCCAUGGAGAGCAAGUGUAUCUCCGAGUAAAAGAAAAAUGCUCUUCAAAAAGAUGGUUUGCCAAUGAAGACCUUAACUCCCUUGAAGAACUAAUUGGAAGGUUAAGGAGGAUGAAGGAGAAUGUGGGGUUUAUAGUAAAUCGUGUCACAGCAAUUCAGGCUGGUCUCGACAGCUGGCAGUCAGAGCAAAUAAACAGGAAGCUGUACUAUCUUUCCUUCCUCUCGAUAAUAUUCCUCCCUUUGUCCAUCAUAACAGGAGUCUUUGGCAUGAAUGUUGGAGGAGUUCCAUGGACAGGUCAAAAUGACCCUCUGCUAAAAGAUGGUUUUCGCAAUGUCAUGCUACUCUGCGUUGCUAUGUUAUUUCUUGUACUCCUCUGCUUCAUUUUCCCAGCUCUUUAUACCCGUAUAGCUGCUGCUUGGCGAAAUAAGAGAGCUCUGGGAAGAAGCUGGUCACUGAACAGGAAGUCAUUGCUCAAGAGACCAUUAAGAAUAGGAGAUCAGGAGAGAGGGGGCUAUCUUCGGAUUUAAUGGUUAGAGGUAUCACUUCAUUUCAUGCUGCUUUUCAAUGACACCAACCGAAGAAAUGUAAUAAACUGACAAUUAGUAGUCAGCACAACACUCAUAUGAAGCCAAAAUGGAAUCCUCAUGAAGCACAGAUUCUCUGGAAGAGUAUAGUAAAAUGGAGAUUAUGAUCAAGGCAAGCUUAUCGUUUAUUCUUUCAUUGUUUUUUUCCCCGGGGAGAGAGGAUAUUUGGUUCCAUUACUUUCUUUUUUGGCACGUAUGGGUACAUUGCAAACUUGUACAGUGUACUUUUCUUUUUUGGUUAGUGACAGAUUUUUUAAUUUUUUUAUAUUUUUAAUUGUCAGUAAUAGAUUGGAAAUGCAAGGAGAACCGAGUCAAUUUCCUUAUUGGUGACUGUAAUUACUAUUCCUUUUAUUCUUGUACUCUAAGCUUAUCGGUACUUUCUUGACAAUAAAUUUCUUUUUUUUUCUCA